GACACAAGUCACAGGUAACAAGAAUAUUUCGGAUUAAUCCCACUGUCAAUUAACUAAUUUAGACGGUGAAUGGCUUACUGGCACCAAUGUGGAUCCGGAAUUUGUUGCGGUCAAUGUUGUUAGGAGUACCCAUCGGCGUAACAUUUCUUGAUACCAUCGGCUAUGUGGCGAGAGUUGAAGGUAUAUCCAUGCAACCAGCACUUAAUCCGGAAUCUAAAAAUACAGACUAUGUUUUUCUAUCAAGGUGGGCAGUGAAAGACUUUAGCAUUCGAAGGGGAGACAUCAUUUCUCUAGUGUCUCCUAAAGAUCCAAAUCAGAAAAUUAUAAAAAGAGUAGUUGCACUAGAAGGUGAUAUUGUGAGUACAUUAGGUUAUAAGAACCAGUAUGUGCGUGUCCCAGAAGGUCAUAUCUGGGUGGAAGGAGAUCAUACUGGACAUACUUUAGAUAGUAAUACUUUUGGUCCAGUUUCUUUAGGAUUAGUAAAUGCAAGAGCUGUUUGUAUAGUCUGGCCUCCUGAGCGUUGGCAAGCCCUUGAAGCAAAAAUUCCUGACCAUAGAAAGCCAGUGAGCACACAAAAAUGAUAUAUUAUAGUUAAAAAAUUGUCAUUGUUUAAUAAAAAUUUGUGUAAUAUUUAUUUCAGUGUUAAGUUGAAACGCAAAUGUAAAUAAAAAAAAUCUCUUCACUAAUCUAGUCGAAGUGUAUGUUAUUUGUUGUUAGAAUAUUCCAAUUCACUGCCAUAGCAAAAAGCUUUGUACUAUAUAUAAACGGAAAGUAAACAAUUGCUAAACUCAAUGA